CACGGGGGAAAAUGGUGAAAAUAUUAAUUACCCCCGUCGUAUGACUUGAAAGGGCAGGGAGGAUACAAAGUAGGAGCGAUUUACUUGUUGAUCUUCCCCAGACCUUCAUCUCCCUCUGCCCUUGAUCGACAGUCUGUGGUACAUUUUGCUAGCCUUAUAUAAACAGCUGUUUCAUUCAUUUUUUGAUCAAUUCCAACGCCCGUUGCCCAACUUUCCUUCCUGCCUACCCUCAAAAGAUAGAGAUUUCCUCAGUUUGAAAAAAAAAAAAAAAAAAAAGAUAAUGGUGCGAACUUCCACAUACGCCAUCGCCCUCUUGGGUAGCGUCGUAGCCAUGACGGCAGCGCAAAGGACCCAAGAGGAGCUCGACAAGUACAACGAGGUCGCCACCUGCGUCAACAAGUGCUUCUUCAAGAGCUUCGUGCCCGGCUCGUGCACAAACGACGCGGCAUGCCAUUGUAACCAGGAGAAGAUGCGCAACGAAAUGUAUUGCUGCGAGGCAAAGGAGUGCGCAAACAUCAACGAGAUUGCAACACAGCAGGUCAUUGAACACAUCGAAAGGAUAUGGCAGUCAUGCGAGCCGCUUGAGCACAACAGGCCGUUUGACAAGCCCGCCGUGUCCGAUGUGGAAAAGAUGUGCGGCGUGACCCUCAAGGUGUCAUCCUCGUCCUCGUCCUCGUCGGCUUCGUCCACGGCUGCUCCCACAGGCAGCCCUACCGGCACUUCUUCGUCAUCAAGCACGCUGGCCGUCCAGACGACCGGCACUUCUACUCCGACCGGUGCAGCGACCACGAGCGCCUCGUCUCCGGCCUCGACCGGCGCCGCCAGCGCAGUGAGGGGGACCUUCAUUCUACCUGGAUUGGCAGCCUUUGUUGCGGGAUCGGGCCUGGCUUUGUGGUGAACAGAACCUGACCGGGUUGUGUUAGCUUUGGUCUGGAAAAAGAAAAGUAUAAUGAACCUUGAACGCUCUCCCCACGUCAACACGUCAAACCCUGCGAUGGUUUGGAUGUUCGCAGUCUCUCGUCGACGAGUGAUCUCAACAUAUACAACGGUCUGGCAGAAUAUGCACCCCUGUUGCGGAACGGAAUGCAUAUAAUAUUAACUUUUAAUGUAUUUUUUGGGCCGAUUUAUAUGUUUAAUAUUCUUGUGAAAACUUGACGUUGUGUCUCUCC